AUGUUUUUUGUCCUUUUUUCUUUCCUCCAUGUUUUUUGUCCUUUUUCUUUCCUCCAUGUUUUCUGUCCUUUUUUCUUUCCUCCUCGUCUUUUGUCCCUUUUUCUUUCCUCCAGGUUUUUUGUCCCUUUUUCUUUCCACCUUGUUUUUUGUCCCUUUUUCUUUUCUCCUUAUUUUUUGUUCCUUUUUCCUUCUUCCUUGUUCUUUGUCCUUUUUUCUUUCCUCCUUGUUUUUUGUCCCUUUUUCUGUCGUCCAUGUUUCUGUCCCUUUUUCUUGCCUCUUUAUUCUUUUCUCACUCUGUUAUUUUUUCCCAUCUUUUCUCACCCUUUUAUUCUUUGCCCUUCUUUUUUUCUUGACCUCAAUUUUCUCUUGCACCUUUUGACUUCUUUUUCUCUCUCUUGCUUUUUGUCUCCUUGCUCUCACUUUUUGGCUUCUCUUUCUCUCACUCUUACAUUUUGGGUUCUUUUUCUCUUGCUCUCGCUUUCUUGGACCCUUUUUUUCUCCCCCUCACUUUUUGGCUUCUUUUUCUCUCCCUCACAUAUUUUGGCCUCUUUUUCUCUGCUUCACUUGCAUGCUUCUCCCCCUUUUUCUUUCUGUCUCUCCCUCUCCCCUCUCAUAUUCGUAUUCAGAUACGUAAAAUUUACAAUUCAACAAGACUGA